CAUCACAAUAACACCCAGUAAAAGAAGACGGUGAAAGUAAAACCAUACACUUUAUUUUCAAAUGAGAUGCUUUGGUUACGUGUUUGUGGUGUUGUUUCAAGAAACUUUUAUUAGUAAAUCCAACGCACGCGAGCUGUUGAGUGGGCUGCCUGCAUUCUGGAAGCGGAUUGGUCAGGGCUGGCUAGCCCCGUGACAGACUGCGCGCCUGUGAUUGGUUGACGGAACUCAAGUCCUUCCGCCUGCGGACGAACGCAGACCCAGACGAACCAACAUGGCGGAAGCGGAGUCCACUAGCGAGCUCAGCGCUGGAGGAAUAUUCCAGGAGAUUUUCACCUCCCCUCUGAACCUGACCCUGCUCGGCCUCUGCCUGUUUCUCCUCUACAAAAUCUUCCGCGGCGACCGGCCGCCAGACCUCGGUGAGGUUGAGGAGCCGCUGCCCAAACUGAAGAAAAGAGACUUCACCCUGGCGGAGCUGAAGCCCUACGAUGGAGUGGAGAACCCCCGGAUCCUCAUGGCUGUCAACGGGAAGGUCUUCGACGUGACUCGGGGGAAGAAGUUUUACGGCCCAGACGGACCCUACGGAGUGUUUGCUGGCAGAGAUGCUUCCAGAGGUUUGGCCACCUUCAACCUGGACAAGGAGGCUCUGAAAGAUGAACCCGACGACCUGUCCGACCUCAACGCCAUGCAGCAGGACAGCCUGUCCGAGUGGGAGGCCCAGUUCGACACCAAGUACGACUACAUCGGGAAGCUGCUGAAGCCCGGAGAGGAGCCGACGGAGUACACGGACGACGAGGAGGCCAAGGACAAGAAGGACAACUAGAGGGAGCCAGCGUUGCCUGACGUCUCUGCUGAGAGGCGCAAACCGUUCCCUGUUCUUCCUACAUGUUUUCCCAGCGACAUCCCUUGGUUCCACUUCCUGUGGCAGCGAUCGAUCGGCUCGCACUCGUCAUUCCCUUCCCCUCCGACGUGCGCAGACGGGGACCAGUUUCAGCCGUGACUGCCAACUUAUCCCCAGAGGCAAAUCAGCACUAUACUUUUUUUCCAAUUCGGACACCUCUGCGGCCGACUUGCCCCUUCAAAAUAAAAGCAUUUAACCGUGUCACUUUCUGUUCUCUGAGGUUGGCUAAUCCGUCGAAGCAAACCUUUCUAGUUCCUCGUUUUGAGGCUUAAAGACUGAAUAGAUUUCACCAGAUGAGCAAUAAUUCCUGAGACAUUUCCUUACUCUAUUAGUUUAUAUCAGUCCGAAUGUUGGAGGAACGGAAUCUGAGACGAUGAUGUCCCUCACGUGUUUGUGUUCAUAUACUUUGGUAAGGUCCAUUACUGAUGUUCCCUCUUGCAUUUAUCUCUGCAUCAGCUACAUAAGAGUCAGCAUGGAAACAUUUUGUAUGCAUGUACAUACAGACACUAAAUCUUAUAUUGCAGUUGGUUUUAAUGCAGAAAAUAUUUUUCAUUUAAUAAAAAGACUUGA